GUGGCCGAAUGGUCUAGGGGUAUGAUUCUCGCUUCGGGUGCGAGAGGUCCCGGGUUCAAUUCCCGGUUCGGCCCAUGUUUUGACCCUGUAGGACCAUCCCAUCGUUACCCACCGGCCCAAAACGAUGGAUCUCGGAAAAUGAGCCGAUUUUACCCAUAA